GCUUUGCCUCCACCGUAGAAGAAGAGUUUGAGCGCGUCGACUUUCUGGCGGGCAGAUUCAAAACAAAGAUGGAGGACGUGCUGUCUGCGCUGCAGCGCCUCAAUCUCAAUCUAAUCCCUCAAACCUGGGUGGAUGCGGUCUGGGACGUGGAGUUCACGGAGAAGCUGCCUCUGGACGACACCAUAGAAGAAGAGGUGGCGGCCGGCGGACCCCGCGCCCUGCGGACGCUGUUCCAGACUCUGCUGGACUGGACCGCGGAGCACGGCGGCGCCGCGGCGGGGCAGGUCGGGCUCCGGGUUCCUCCUGAAGGGGGCCGGCGGCCAGCGGGGCGUCCGUCGCUGACCGCCUCCCAUGAUGCAUUGCAGAGUGUCUGGGCCAUCCUGGGGGACAGCGGCGUGUCGGUCAAGUCUCUCGUGGCGCUGCUGUCCUUCUUCGUCCUGACGGGAAAAGCCAAGUCUGCCGAUGUGCGUCAGCUGGGCGGGCUGUAUGCCGCCGCCGUCUACCUGCUGCUGCUGGGGAUCCCAGGCAGCGUGGCUAACCGGGCGUUUCACGAGGUGCUGCUGGACUCGUGUUCGGACCUGAGCGCCCACUGCUGGCCGCAGGCCUGCGGGAAGAAACGCAAGAAGGACGUCCUGAAGAGCUCCCAGACGGACGGCAAGCGGCCCAGACCGCCACGGAGGGACGCCCAGGAGGCGGAGCUGGACGAGGCCAAUGAGGAGGAGGAGGAGGAGGAGGAGGAGCCUCAUUUCUCCGGGCAGGACCUGCUGCAGAUCCGAGAGGGGGUGGUGGUCCUGGUCCAGAGCCUGCUGCGCCUGCUGGAGGCGUUUCCCCUGAAGGAGCGGCAGCAGACCGUCAGCACCUGCUCCCAGGCCUUCGCCCAGCUGCUGUACCUGGAGCCGGCGGUCGGGGAGCUGAGCUUUGCGGACGUGCAAGACGUCCGGGAGCUGAGCAGCCUUCCUCACAUGGCGUUCCACGGCCUCCAGCGGCUCUGCUCCCCCCGGCACGGAGACCCCAAGGAGACUCUGAGGACGGUGCUGCAGCAGCUGCUCUACGUCAUCCUGAUGAUGAAGAAGGUGAACCGAGGAAGACCCAGCCUGCUGGUCCCCAGCCAGCCCGUCCUCGCCGCCCGGCACCAGGCUCUCCGCUUCGUCUGUCACCUGGUGGAGGAGCUGAAGGAGCCGACUCGACCUCUGCUGCACGUCCUGCUGCAGCACCUGUGCUUCCAGAUGGUGGAGAAGAGCGAGUUCCGCAGCCACGGGGCUCAGGCGGUGGGCCAGCUGACGGCUCACAUGACCAACUCAGACUACGGCCUCUUCAUCCAGUGGCUCUUCAGCUUCUCCAGACACUCCAAGAUGGUGCACCGCCUGUUCUCGGUGGACGUGCUGAUGGUGCUGCUGGAGCAGCCGGAGAGGAAGCCGGAGGACGGGAUGGACCCGGAGCUGGCCCGCUUCCUGCAGCACCGCUUCCUGAUCCAGGACCUGCUGUUCGCUCGCCGGGCGGACGAGUCGCCCACCGUGCAGGGACACGCCCUGUCCUGCCUGGCUCAGUGCCUGGAGCUGCCGUCCCUCAACGUCACCCAGGCCGUCCACAGCCUGUUCUGUGCCACUGGGACCCAGACCGUGUUGGACAGCAACGUCACUGGAGAAACCCUCAGUUCUCUGAAGACCUACGGCAGCCUGCCCUUCAGGACCGUGGAGCUGAGCAGCGCCGGCAGCUCCGCUGAGGACGCUAAGGAGAACGUGGCCCUGCUGCUGCGGCGGGUCCGGGACUCCAGGACCGGCGUGAGGAGGGCGGCGCUGCAGGCGCUGCUGGGCCUGCUGAAGCACGCCGUGAUCCCCCUGAGCCAGGACCACCUGCAGGCGCUGUGGGAGCGCUGCCGGGACCCGGCGGUGUCGGUGAAGAAGAAGGCCCUGCAGUGUGUGGGCGAGCUGCUGAGUGCCAGAGCGGACAGCGGCGCGGUGCAGAGGGCGUGGCUGCACGGCGUGCUCCCCGCCGUGGCGGACUGCGAGAGCUCGGUGCAGGACCGGGCCCUGGAGGCUCUGGACCAGGUCCUGCUGGGCCAGGUGAAGCGCCGCUGGGCCGGCGCUCACCUGGACGGCGGCCAGAGGCUGGCCUGGGACCUGCUGUCCCUGCUGAGUGGCGAGUGCCAGGACCUCAGCCGGUACUUCAGCCGGGCCGUCGGCAUCUGGUCCAAGCAGAACAGGCUCAGCCAGACCUUCGUGGACAACCUGCUGUCCCACACCGAGGCCGAGCACGCCGCCGGCGCCUGGCUGCUGCUGUCCAGGGUGGCCGCUUCCUCCCCCACACUGCCCUUUGGCAAGAUCGUGGACGCCUGGGACGCCAUGGUCAGUUCUCAGGAGGUGAAGACGACCACCUGCUGCCACAUCCUGUCUGUGGUGGGGGACAUCGCCCCGCACCUGAACGAGGACACCAAGCAGCGGCUCGUCGCUGACCUGAUGUCCUGGCUGAAGACCUUCUCCUUGUCUCUGGAGCUGAUCACUGCUGCUGUGGAGACUCUCCAUCAGCUGGGCCGCUGUGAGGACGUCACACACACUCAGGACUUCCUGAAGCGGCACUGUGGGGAGCUGCUGUCCCUCUGCGAGGCUCAUUUAGCCGGCAUCCUGCUCAGUGCAGACGGAGCUCAGAACCUGGACCAGGACCUGAUGAUCAAACACCUGCACACUCUGGGCGUGGCGUCGCUGCAGUGCCCCGCCCAGGUGAGCCGGAGGACGGUGCUGCUGGUGGAGUCGGUCCUCACGUCACAGCGCGACCAGCUGGCAGGAAGUGAUGUGGAGCUGCCGGCCUCCCAGCCUCUGUCCCAGUUCAGACCCAACGCCCUGCCCACCCGGGUCCGGGCCCACGGAGUGCUGACGCUGGGGAAGCUGUGCCUGCAGCAGGACCAGCUGGUCCAGAGGUUCCUGCCGGUGCUGGCGCGGGAGCUGGAGGUGGGCCCGGAGGUGGCGGUGCGGAACAACGUGGUGGUGGUGCUGUGCGACCUGUGCGUCCGCUACACCAACAUGGUGGACCACUACAUCCCCAACGUCUCGGCCUGUCUGCGGGACGGCGAGGCCGUCAUCAGGGAGCAGACGCUCAUCAUGCUGACCAACCUGCUGCAGGAGGAGUUUGUGAAGUGGAAGGGCCCCCUGUUCUUCCACUUCAUGGUGACUCUGGUGGAUCCGGUCCCGGCCAUCGCCAGGCUGAGUGAGUUCUGCCUGCUGCACCUGCUGCUGAAGAAGAACCCGGAGAUGUUCAGCCAGCACUUCAUCGAGUGCAUCUUCUACUUCAACUCCUACAGCCGGCACAAGACCUACAACCGCUUCCCCCAGAGCGACAGGGACAGGACCCGGUUCUCCCUGAAAGGAGCGGAGCUCCGGGACCAGCGCUUCAGGAUCUACCGCUUCCUGCUGCAGCACUUCACCGACGCCCAGCGCUUCAACGUGUCCAGCAAGAUCAACCAGACCGUCCUCGCUCCCUUUGCGGACGAGGAGCUUCCUCUGGACGCCGACGGAGCAGACAUCCUGUCCGAGACCUUCGCCAUCCUGAGCCUGAAGGAGAUGAAGCUGCAGGCGGCGUGCGGCCCAGCAGGGGGCGCCGCGUCGGAGGACGUGGAGGAGGGGGGGGGCGCGCCCAGCAUGGCCAAGGCCGUCCUGCAGGCCGCUCACAAGAAGGUGGUGUCCCAGGUCCAGAAGAAGGCCUUCGUCCAGAACACGGUGCCGCUGGUGGUCAGCCUGAAGGCGCUGCUGGAGCAGCGGCGCCUCCCGGCGCUGCGGGAGCUGAUGUCCUUCCUGCAGGCCACCAUGCAGGACCACCGCCACGAGCUGCGGGACGUCCUGUCCGGGGACGAGCGGCUGGCGGCCGAGGUGGAGUUCGCCCUGAGGACGGCCGAGCAGCAGAGGGAGCUGCAGGAGCAGAUGGAGAGCCUGGCAGUUCAGCCUGCCAGUGCACAGGGCUCUCCAGCCGGGCGCCGGCCGCUCAGGCCCUUCAGCUUCGCCACGCCGCAGCCCCCCCGUCCAGACGGCCCCACCUGCAGAGCGCCGCUCACUGACUGUCGUCAGCGCAAACCUCAGAGGGAGGAGCCAGCAGCAGCCCUGUCCAAGUCCAUCCCUCUGGAGGGAACAGUGAUCACCAGGAAGACUGCGAUCGACCGAGCCAUCAGCACACCCAAAGGUGUCAACAUCAACCUGACCUUUGAAGAGGGACUCAGUGCCAUCUUCAGUGACCAGGGAACAAGUGCUUCUGAGGAGUCCAGUCUUCUUCACAAGCGAUCCAACCAACAGCAAACUCCUGGCCUCAGAAGAUGGAACGUUCAGUCUCCUUUACGCCAGAAGAAAAAACCUUCCCGAGUUUAAGUGUUGUACUUUUCUGUCUUUAUGUUGCCUUUAUAAAUUUGAGUUUUUAGUCUUUCGUCCAGAACGGUGACCUUGUUUUUUCCUCCAUUAUUCUCCUUCAGUGUCACAGAUGAAUCAAUAAAGCUGGUGUUGAAAUGA